AUGCCUUUGGGGGAUGCUACCGURUUAAUCUUCACGUCCCCAGUGUUUACAGCCAUAUUCGGAAGGAUAUUCUUGAAGGAGCGUUUACAUUGGAUCUAUUCGAUUCUUCUUGUAUURUGCUUGGCUGGAGUAACUCUGAUUGCACGACCAACAUUCAUCUUUGGACAUCCAGACAGUGCUCCUGAGUAUGAUAACGUGUUGAUACCCUCUCUUGUUGCUUUACUGUGUGCUGUGUUGACAGCUCUUGAUAUUGUAGGUGCUAGAGUACUUCUAGAAACGUACAAGAUUCCAUCUAGUUUAGUGCUAUUGUACUUUGGUUUGGUUGGACUUGUUUAUUCAAUUCUUGGCUCCUACUUUGACAGAGGAUUCCAGUUUCCAUUUUGUCGAA